AUGCCACAUACACAUACGCAUUUCUAUGGAAACUGCUACGAGUCCAACCUCAUUGGAAAGAAUAAUUAUCGCCAGAUUAACUUCCGCAGCAACAACAUCGAGAUAUGCGAAGAAACGGCCAUCAACGACAUCAUCCAAAGUUGUGUAAAGGUGGACGUUCUCGCAAGAAGUAAUAACUCUGAAGGGGAGCCGAAGGACAAGAAAGAUAGUGGUAGCGGUGACGACAAGGGUGAUGAUAACAAAAGCCGAAACAACGGCGACAAUAACGACAGUGACGAUGGCCCCAGUAACAGCUUUGUGCUCGUCGGGUCGGACCGCAUCAAGGCCUUUCCCUUUCUGCACGACCAGUUAAUCAUCACGAGAAAAAUCGUCGUGUCGUACAAGUGCGGAGAGCGAGGGACGGAAGACCCCGCAAAUCAGAAUGAAACAGAUCAAACGGGUGAGCCGGGGGGUCCUGGCGAAAACGGUGAUAAGAACGACAAAAAAAAAAAAAAAAAAAUUGCAGACAACGAUGAAAAGAAAAAAAAGAAAAAGGAAAAAACAAAAAGUAACUCACGAAAAGACGAGAAACAAUCGGACUACACUCUCCAAGAGGAUAUUGACAUAAGUUUUCACAUCACGCUGAAUAUAAAUUCCCUGGUGGGCUACUACUGCGGCAGGUCCUCGUACAACAUAAUGAACGUGAAGGUUAACUUGGAGAAUCACUACUGCGAGAUGGUUGAUGGGGUGUACAACAUCCCCAAAGCGAUCGAUCACAAAAUGGCAAAGAAGAAUUCGCACACAUUUCAAUUGAAGUUUUUGGACUGUUCCCUGAACGAUGGGGCUCUCGUAGAAGAUGAGCAAGACAAAUACAAAAUUGUGUGGAAAACAAACGACCUGUACAAGUACAGAAAUAUACAGGAAAUUGAAUAUAUUUACAACUUUCUGUUUUACGAAUCGUUUAACGUGAAUGCAUAUGUGCUCUGCAUCAACGAGGGGAAGAAGCAAAGGGAAAACGCCACCCCCAGCGUGAUGGACGCUCUAUGCGGAAGAUUCGAAGUCAACAUUUCGGAUGUGAUACAAAACACAGUUAUCAACGCCAAGUACCAACUGCACUCCAUGAAUUCACCAAAGGGAGAAGCGAAAAGUGGCCAGCAAAAUGAGGCCAACGAAGAGUCGUUCGUCUACGGAGGGGCUUACGUCCUACUGACCAUUCAGUUUUACAAGCCCUUUUUCAAGAGAGAAAAAGUGGAAUUCCCCCUGCGGAUGUUUAACUUGAAGGGAGGUACCGUAACGAGCGAUAAGAAGGACAGCGACAGUGUCGAGAAUGUGUUUAACAGGUCCAUCCUGGAGGGCAUCCAGUACGUCAACCUCGAAAUCGACAAGCUGAAAGAGGAAGAUCAAAUAAAGAUUUACAGAAAGUCUAAGGAGUACGUGUCCUUCCUGGACAGCUUGAAGGAGACGCCAACGUACCUCAACCUGUACAACAACAUCAGGGACGUCAUGAUCAAACUGGCGUACGAAAUUGUGCAGAAGAAGGUGUAUAAAAAUUUUAACCUCCAUGAUGACGUGACGUGUGAAGAGGAGGACGGUCAAGAAAAGAAGCAACAGACAAAGCCAACCGACGAAACAAACAUGAUGGAAAAAUCGCUCUGCGAAAAAAAAGCCAUAUCAGAGGAAAACGAAAACUGCAUCCUGGCGCAUCUCUUCAACCUCGUGCAAGAAUCCUCCAACGUGAUCAUCAACGGCUACUUCGAGAAGGAAAACCACCUGAACAUAAAUACACUACACGAAAUAAAAACAAACAACAACAUCACAAAUGUACAUAAUUACCUAUUACAUGUGGUACAGGAAAGCGAAUUUUUAUUGAAGCAUAGAAAGACUGUUUAUUUCUGUGAAGCUUUGUUGGUUUUUAUCUUUAAGAAAAUAACUCUUUGCGGAGACAGUACCAAGGAGAAACACUUGUCUGAGUUGCAAACACAAGAUUGUAAUCAUGUGAUUAAUAUGCUGUUACACUAUUCCGAAUAUGACGAGGAGAACGAUGAUCCACACAGAGAAAAUUAUAUGUACGAAAAAAAAAAAAAUAAAAAUAAAAAAAAUCAGGAAGACAUGUUAACAUGGGUGAUACGCGCCAUGCAGGAAAAAAACGCAAAUUCGUAUUUGUUCCAUUAUAUGGACCACUUUGGUGAAGUGAUGCUAAACGGAAGGGGAGAAAAUGGAACGGCCGAGGUACCACCUGUGGAUGGAACAUUUGUAGAAGACGCUGAGCAGGAAAAUAUAAUAUCCAUUAUAAACUUACCACAAAAUGAAGAAAUUAAAAAAAUAUUUGUUGAUGUCCUGUACACAUAUGCCAAAACCUUGCUCAUAAUAAUUAGCCACCCUGGUGGCCAAGCCCACAAGAAACAACAGCGUGUGUGCUACGAGCAGUACUGCAUGGACAGGAGAGAAGGGGCAAAGGACAACCUUUCAGGGGAGCAGGAGGACAACGGGGUCGAUGUCCCAAAGGAUGAGGUCUACGAAAACUUCGAGUGCCACAACAAUUUCAACUCAUACGACAAGUACCUGAAUGGAGAAAAUGCAGACGCAUGCAUUUCGUGCCUCUCAGCCUACGUGGAAUUCACCAAUUUUGAAAACACUGAAAGCAUUUUCACCUUAGCCCUGGUGUACCUAAACGCACACAAGUAUACCGAGGCCGAGAAGUUAGUUAGUUAUUUGAUAGAAGUCCUGAAGAGGAAAAAAUACCAAGGGAGAACAAACGGAGGACCACCUGCUGCUUUCUCUACUGCUGCGCUGUCUGCUCCUGCUGCCUCCCCCCCUGGGGAACCACCAGAGGAAGAACCCCCAAUGGACAUGAAAAUGUUGCACCUGUACAGCUCAUUUAGCCAAACCCACGUAGACAUAACUGUGGAAAUUUGCGUGUACAUAAAAGCCUUGUGCUUCUUCUUCCAACGGAACUACGUGCACUACUACAUUAACAUGAGCAUCCUGAUGAGCGCCAACGAAAAUGAGCUGCGGCUGCAGGUUGAGAGGAGUGCGUCUGCGUUGGGGGGUUAUACGGGGGAAAACGACCCCAGCGCGCAAAAGGUAAAAUGCCAAGAGAGUGACAAGAGAGAUAAGACGGGAGCCCCCGGCAAUAGCGGCAGUGUCGACAAUGUCGAGGGUAUCUCAGAUGAUGCGAAUGAUGAGGCGGGACGAGACCAAGAUCAACAUAAGAAAAAAAAAAAAAACAAAAAAAGUACGAAAGGAGGAGAAGACGAACUCCAAGGAAGCCCGGAAGAUAACGCAAAUGACUUGAAUGACCAACCUAACACAGACAAGGAGGAGCCAGAACAGAAAACGCACCAGGAAGGUGCAAAAAGGAAAGGGAGAAGGAGUAGUCUAAAGGAGGAACAACCAACCCUAGGGGGACAUGAAACCAUGGUGAAUUGUCCAGAGACGAACUUGUACAAGCACAUCCCAGCAAAGGACAUGUUCAUGUUAUUGUUUCUGAUUCACUGCACAAAAUUGAAUGUACUAAAUGUCGUAAUGUUUAUUCACGAGAAUCGGCACAAGUUUCUAACGCAGUCAUCCUUGGACACUCCUCUGUAUAAACAGCUCAUCAUCCGCGCGUUCUUUGCAGUGGGAGAAUUCGCCAAAUGCAUGGAACUGAUAGACGAGACGAGCGAGCACCUGCGUAACCUGGACGUCCUGUACAUUUAUGCGCAAAGCUCAUAUAAGCUUGGCGACUACCCCAAGUGUGUGAGCCUACUGAAGCGAUAUUUGCCCCUGUGUAAAUUGAGCAAUAUCCGCGUAAAGAUGCACCUGCAGUUGAGUAAAAUUUACCUUUCGCUGGGCCAAUUUGAUGACAGUAAAACUGAGAUUAAGAAUUCACAACAAGUUUGUAAAACGAGCUAUUCGUAUCUGUACUUGGCUUGUUACUACUUAAAAAGAAGAAAAUAUUUGCAGGCGUACAGGCUCUUAUACAAGUCCAACGAAAUGAACCUCUUCAACCAUAAAUUGUGGGCUUAUCUAUGCAUGGCAUUUGUACACCUAGGCAUGCGGGACCAAGCUGAUAAAUGUUUAGGCAACUUUAUAAAAAUGAAAAAGUACGACAGGGCGAUUAUUUCCGAAAUGGUGGACGCAUACAAAGAGGUUGGAUACGAGGACGGAGGGCAAGUGUUGUCAACUCUCCAUGCAGGGGGAAGUUGA